AUGCCCGCCUCAUGGAAGGAAGCUCUAGUUAUUCCUAUCCCAAAGCGAUGCCAGGGGAACAGAACGCCGGAUGACUUCCGCCCAAUCAGCCUGCUCCCCUGCCUUGCUAAGACGAUGGAGAGAAUGGUCAACAGACGACUGAUGGACCUACUGGAGGAGCGUAAACUCCUGGAUCAACGGCAGUUUGCGUUCCGACGUGGAGCAGGAACAGGUGCCUAUCUCGCCAGCUUUGGAGAGGUGGUGCGUCAAUCCGUAACUGAUGGCCUGCACGCCGAUAUCGCCAUACUCGACGUGGCGAAGGCUUAUAAUACCGUGUGGCGUCACGGAGUACUGCAACAACUGGCCAACUGGAGAAUCACUGGAAACAUGGGCCACUUCUUGAGCGACUACCUAUCUAAUCGCACUUUUCGGGUGGGAAUCGGAGGUGCCCAAUCCGACACCUUUCCGGAAGACAACGGGGUUCCCCAGGGAUCAGUCCUCGCCGUCACACUGUUCCUGGUAUCCAUGAACUCCUUAUUCGCCAGCCUACCGGCGGGGAUCUACGUGUUCGUGUACGCUGAUGACAUCGUGCUGGUCGCGACGGGAAGGACCACCAUACGUACCCGCCGCAAACUUCAAGCCGCCGUAAGUGCGGUGAGCCGAUGGGCUACAUCAGUCGGCUUUAACAUGUCUCCCACGAAAAGCAUGAUUACGCACUGCUGCAACACAAACCAUAUCGCAACAGGGAGGCCGAUCCAGCUGGACGGGGUGAUUGUCCCCUACCGCAAAGAACCGAAGAUUCUGGGGAUAACCAUAGACCGUCGUCUUACCUUUCUGCCACACUUUCGACGGAUCAAAGCCGAGUGCCGGAGCCGACAGCGGCUAAUUAAAACUAUCAGUUCCCGCCACAAGCGCUGCAACCGUCGCACUGCGCUGAAUAUUAGCCAGGCACUCAUCCACAGCAAGAUAUUUGACGGGGUGGAGCUGACGUCCUGUAAUAUGGAAGGCUUUAUCAACAUUUUAAGCCCUCUAUAUCACGGGCCAAUCCGCGCUGCUUCUGGCUUGCUCCCCAGCACGCCUGCUGAAGCGGCCUGCGUAGAGGCCGGGAUCCUACCCCUUCGUUGGGCGGCUGCACUCACCAUCGCCAGAAGAGUACUGGGAUUUUUGGAGCGGACAGCCGGAGAUGACUGCUUUCUGUUACGAACGGUCAGCGAGAUUCAUCGCGAAUAUACAGAUGCCGACCUGCCACCAAUCGCCCGUCUACACCGAGUUCGUGACCGGGCCUGGCACGACCGCGGACCCAAUCUUGACACAAGCUUGUCAAUAGAGCUGAGAGCCGGCGCUGCCAGUAGUGAGGCCAGGGCCAAAUAUAACCGACUGAUGGCUACAAAGUACAAAAAUCACGUGCGGAUAUUCACCGAUGGUUCCAAGAGCGGUGAUGAGGUUGGAAUAGGAGUGAGCGGAAUAGGGGAAGGACUCUUCUUCCGCCUACCGGCGCCAUGCUCGGUGUUUUCCGCCGAAGCGUCUGCCAUCGCGCUUGCCUUGGUACAGAAACCGGAAGAUAGACCCGUCGUUGUACUGUCUGACUCUCUGGCGGCCAUAUCCGCCCUCGAGUCGGGGAAAUCCCGCCACCCCUUCAUCCAGGCCAUCGAGGCCGAGUAUGACCCACUCACCACAAUUUGUUGGGUCCCCGGUCACUGCAGCAUCGACGGUAAUGAAAAGGCUGAUCGCCUGGCGGCCAGGGGAAGACACACUAGCCGACGUCUCACUCGACUCGUCCCGACCGCAGAUAUUUUGGGCCAGCUGAAGUCAGGGAUUAACGAAGCUUUCGAACGCCACUGGUGUGGCAGCACCGGACACCUUCAGCGAAUCAAAGGCUCACCCGACCGCUGGACAGACCGGACUGAUAGGAGGGAACAACGAGUACUGUCGCGGCUCAGAGUAGGGCAUACGAAGGUCUCACAUGCUCACGCCGUAUCGCGUGUUCCCCCACCAACAUGCGUGACAUGUGGUACCCGAAUCACUGUGGAACACCUUCUGGUGAACUGUCCAGAGUUAGCCGACCUAAGGCAGCACCACAAACUACCGCUCUCCAUUAGAGAGAUCCUUGGAAACGACCCAGCCCGAGAAGAAAUAUUACUGGCCUUUCUGAAGGACGCGGGAUUAUUCGACCAGCUGUAA